AAAUGCUCACGUUCAGCAGCUUCAGCUUCUAUUGAUUUACUGACCGAUGUAUUCCCAGACUUGAGCAGUCACAAUCCCACCAACUGGAUACAGCUCUGAGACAGUGAGACAGCCCUUCGUCGUAAUGGACAGCGCACAAUUUCACGCAGCGGUGUAUCACGUCGUUCGACAGAUACCUCCACAGCACGUAACAUCCUACGGACACGUCGCGAAGCUCAUCGGCAUGCCCCGCCACUCACGACAUGUCGGACAAGCCCUGAAGUUCGUCUCGCCCGACGUACAGCCCCCCAUCCCCUGGUACCGCGUCAUCUCGUCUUCCGGCGUGAUCUCCUCGCGCGGGCCCGGCACGAGCGGCGCGGACGUGCAGCGCCAGGAGCUCGAGGCUGAGGGCAUCGAGGUCAGCGUCGGGCGCGUGGGCGACCUGCGUGUCGACAUGAAGCGGUACGGGUGGUUCCCUGCGCCGGGAACCGUCGAUACGGGGGUAGACUUAGACGAGGGUGAGGCUGAUGCUGGCGGGACAGCUUCUGAAGACGACGACGAUCAGCCUGAAGAACAAGAAUGAAUAGGUCUUGUGACCCGAGUGUCUUGGUUUUAUGUGACGUCUCGCCUCCUGUGUAUUGUGCUUUUCCCAAAAUUGAACAGAUCAUGGUAGUCCUAUCAGUGCUUGUACUGGGCACGCGAGUCUUUGCUACUCUUACGAACGAGAACAACGCGGACAAUGCGCCGUCCAGCAAUAUAUACAUGUCAAACGAUCCAA